AAUAUAGAAAGAAUUAUGAUUUUUUUCAUUAAAUUUACAUGCUGCAAAAAAUAUUUCUUCUCGAAAAAGAAAAAAAUUAUUUAUUUAUAAAAGAGAUGGGUAAAAUCAUUUAGAUAAGUUAUGAGUGAAAAAAAUAUAAUUAAUUUGUGGACUGGAAAAUUAAAAGUUGAUAGAUUAUAAGCUGCUUCAGUUCUUUUAGGCCAACAAUAUAUUCAAAACUAAUAAUCUUUAACACCAGUACUAAAAACCAAAGCUCAAAACUCAUAAAAUAUAGAGAUGUAAAGAGAUCCAAUAAGUUUAAUUUAUAGCCAAUAAAUAAUUGAAAGCUCAAUUAAUUAAAAACAAAUAGAUCAAAUAAUUAAUCAACAGAUAAACUCAUUUUUAGCCAAAAAAAGCUAACUUUUUAAUAGGGUUAAAUCAAGCUAAUAUUAUGAAAAUUAGAGUUUAAAUGAUACUUUAGAACCUCAAAUUUAAUUAGAAAACUCUAAUUUUAAUUAUCAAUUAUAAAAUAACUUUUCACCUAAUAACAUUAAGAUAGAAGAUAAAGCUUAGAGUAGCAUUUUUGAUGACUAAAAAAUUGACGAAGAAACUUAACCUAGUUCUGAAAAUCAAAAGUUUAAUUUAAAAUAAACUUAAUUUAAAACUUUUUAAAACUUAAAUGCUAAUUAAUAGAAAUAUUAAGCAUCAAAUGAUAAUUGA